AUGUCUCUCGGUCAACUCACCUCGAGCGCGUUGCUGUACUGCCCGGACGAGCCCACGCUCCCGCCAGUCACGGCCACAGUCACGGCCACCGUGACCUUCACCAAGACAUGGGAGUACGCGGCCUGGGCCGCCUGCCCGACAGCGGAGUGGCCCGCAAUCUACACCAUCGAGGAGGUCUGCACGGGCGACCCGGACGUUUGGACCCAGCCGGCCAUCCCGCCCAACUUCAUCAAGACGGUCGUCACCUGCGGCGUGUGCGAGCAGCAGACCCAGACCAUCACCUGCCCUGUUGAGGAGGCGGCCCAGACCGGCGACGUCACCAUCUACGGAAACGGCGUCACUGCCACGCCAGCUUCGGUCCCGGCCCAAGCGACUGAUGCUCCUGGCUCCGGAAUGGGCCCAGGGCCCGGCUCAGAUUCGGGUCCUGGCUCAAUGCCUGGCAUGGACAGUGGUCCCGGGGCAGGCAGUGGCAACAAUGGCAAUGCUGCACCUGGAUCCUCGCCCGACUCUGGCUCAGGGUCAUCCCCGGCGCCGGACUCCGGGUCCGGUUCUGGGCCAGGUGCAGCACCGGCGCCUGGCGGCGGCGAGGCGGGUGGGUCGUCUCCAACGUUUGUUACGCCUCAGUCAAACGCCGGGACUGAUGGCGCGAGCUCCCCGUACGCGACUGCCGGUGCACCAACCUGGAAGAGCACCAUGCUUCUCGUUUCGGGAAUGUUUGCCCUUGUAUCUGGCUCUAUCGUAUGUUACUGA